UUCCCGCAGGCUCAGCAUUCAGUGACCACAGGCUGAUUAUUGUAGGUAAAGUAAUGGACGGGAGAGCAGAGAUGGAGGUGAUAAGAAGCACAAAAGGAAAUGCAACUGGGGAUGUCAGUGUCCAUUUGGUAGCCAGUGAAAAUACUGUGCAAAAUGCCCACUUACCAGCAACUACCUUCAUCAUACCAGCAACCACAACUACUAUAACCCUUCCAGUGAACACCUUAGAAAUUCAGCGAUUCCCCCGCGAAGCCCAGAAAAACAUGGGGACAGAGAGGCCAAGAGAGGGUGUGGGGAACGAGCCCAUCACAGCAACAGUCAUCCCUCAGAUCAGUGGAGUGCAGAUUUGCAACACCAUCCGGGAUCUGGAAUGGAAAGAUGGGAUUGCCACUUUGCCUGGGAGCAACCUAAGGUUUCGAAUAAACGAAUAUGGGACAGUGAAAGUAGUUAGUGCUGACAAACCUUCACCUGCAGAACCCAUACAGGAAUGUCAGCCGGAAAGAAAUGGGGAUGAUGGAGGGGUACUUACCUGCAAGGGCAAUCCAAUCAGGACUCCAGAAUCAGAUAUUCCAGAGCCUCUUAAACUUCCAACGGUGGACAACCUAUACCACUGCAAUACCUGUGGCCGAAGAAAUAUUUCUGGGUCAACCCAGGAAGGCCGGGCAUUUUGUAGUGAGAACUGUCACCGGCAGUUCAAAGAAAGGUCUGUCAUUGUGGAGAAUUCUGCUGGCAUCACUAACACUACUGAACUUCUCAAGCCAGUAAAGAAACGGAAGAGGAAAGAUUAUCAGAGCCCUUCAGAGGAGGAAGAGGAAGAAUCAGAACAAAUGGAACUAAAGCAGGAGGAGAUAAAUGGUUCAGGAGGAGAACUUCCUGCUGUUAAUAAUAGUAAUGAAGAAUGGAAUGCCGAUCAGUUUGUUUCCAGUGAAAAGGCAGAAAGUUGGACCUGGGCAUCAUACUUAGAAGAACAAAAAGCCACAGCUGCUCCUUUAAAUUUGUUCCAAGAACACCAGUCAAUUACCCCAAAUAAGAAUGGCUUCAAAGUAGGAAUGAAACUGGAAGGCAUAGAUCCUCAGCAUCCCUCAAUGUAUUUUAUUCUCACUGUAGCAGAGGUAUGUGGCUACAGGAUGCGGCUUCAUUUUGAUGGCUAUUCUGAAUGCCAUGAUUUUUGGCUGAAUGCUGACUCUCCCAAUAUUCAUCCUGCUGGCUGGUUUGAGAAAACAGGACACAAACUUCAACCUCCCAAAGGUUACAAGGAAGAUGAAUUCAGCUGGGCCAAUUACCUGAAGAUUACCAAAGCUCAGGCAGCUCCCAAACAUCUCUUUGCAAGUCCAGACAGUGUGAGUGGCUGCUGCUUUAUUUUACAAAUCAAUCCCUUUUGUUCCCUCUUGAAACAGUAUAAAGAGAGCCUGACUUGUAUUCCACAAUAAUACUUCACUUGAUGUCUGUGUUCC